AAUCAAAUCGAGGGGAGCGGGCGGCGGAAUGGCGUCGGGCGUCUGCUGGCUCUUGCUGGCCUGGGCGGUGGCGGCGGGGACGGGGCCCGGGGCCCGCGCCUCGGACCUGCCCCACUGGGUGUCCAUCAUGCCCGGCUUCUACGUGGCGUGGGACUUCGACACGGACACGCAGAACAUCACCUUCUACGUGGAGGCGGCCACCAUGGGCUGGGUGGGGAUCGGCUUCACCCCCAGCGGCGGCAUGGACCGCGCCGACAUGAUGACGGCCUGGAUCCGCGACGGAAAGCCCUACUUCCACGAUCGCUACGGUGUGGGUACCGAGGUACCGGUGAUCGACGGUUCCCAGGACUGUACGCUCCUCUCCCUGACCCAGAACGGGACGCACACCUCCCUCAAGUUCCGGAGGCCGUUCCGGACCUGCGACCCGCAGGACAUGGACAUCACGGAGGACUCAAUGCGUCUGAUCUACGCUUGUUCCGACUCGGUCCCGGGAAGUCCGAUGCAGAUGCCGAAACACGAGACAGUGUACGGGGUGCUGUCGGUGCAAAUCCUGAACUACGGGAGGAAGGUCGUCCCACACGUGGGCAACAGCUCGACGCUGGAUAUCGUGACCAACUUCACCAUCCCGGCAUAUCACACCUUCUACGCCUGCCACUUGGCUAAGUUCCCGGACUUUGGAGAGAAGGUGCAUGUUUACAUGGUAGAGCCGAUCAUCUGGCCGGGGGCGGUCGGGCACGUCCACCACACGCUGCUGUUCCUGUGCCCGGCUUUGUACAACGAUUCCAUGCUGAGCGAACCGCGCAACUGUUACCAGGACCGCCACUACACAUUCCUCUUCAUGAUGUGCGCGGAGGUGCUCACCGGCUGGGCUAUUGGCGGCAACAAGUCUCUGACACCCGAACCCCGAGGGAGGAAGGCGGCCAGCGGCCACCGGAUCGACGCCCCCUCGUGGUUUCAGGUCCCGCCCCGUCUCUCCCUAUUACCGAAUCCCACCGGCCCCCGGUAA